AUGAUUGCUCGACCCCACAUAUGUUUGAGAUGUCAGUUACGUCUGGCAGGGCGAAGGCCCUCGAAAGUCCAGCUUGCCUUUCAGUCCACCACGGCCAAUCCUGAGAAUGGACCCCGACAAUCACCAGGAGGAAAUUCAGAAGGGCGGCCCACCUACAACUCGACCCUUCUCCAGCCAAAAAAGGUCACCGGCCGCCCUCUGCUCUCCCAACACCCUCUUGGGAAACUCUACGGAUAUACUGGUAAUAGACAGCGUGAGAAUCGAGAACGCUUGGAUGUUGAUGCUCUGGGAGAACCUGCGGAAGUCAUCGUCUUAAGAGAUUCAAAAUACACUACUUACGAUUAUGCGAAAGAGUACCAAGUAGUUGAGCCGGUGGAAUCAAUUGAUAUACUGGCAGCAUUGGAUAAUGAAAGAGGUUUGGUGGGACAAAAGGAGGUGGAGGAGAAUAUCAAUCAGUUCAGGCCCAAAAAGGGGGAGGAGCCGCAAGACUGGGAUGGCUUCAACAAACUUGUACAAGAUAUGCAAGCGGGCUUCACUGUAUCACAACUGGCACGCUACAUCCAAUCUUUCAACGAGGCGAAUGGUGGAGAGAAAUCAAGCCCCAGCGUCGGAUUCUUGAUCCCUCGAAUAUCACCAUGGAUGCCCGAAUCUUCCAAGUCUACAACAUACCUGGAUGGUGAUUCUACUGGAGGCUAUUCUGUAGCAUCAUAUACCAAUAAGCAACGGUUGGUCCUCAGAUUAAUCCGGGAGUGUUGGAAGCUGGCGCUGCCGGAGGUGGAAGAAGGUAUAGGAGAGGUUGAGCUUGAACUGAAGCCAGGGGAUUAUGAUCUUCUGCUAAAGGGCAGCAGGCCUGUCUUAGGAUCAAUCGCUGCGGAAUAUAUUGACGGGGAGAACGAAAGAAUUGAUGGAUUCCGGUCAAAGCGUACAAUCCGUAUCACAACUACCCGAGCCAAGAGCGAACUGAUUGUGAAGGAGAUUGAGGAGGCAUUGAAGAACAUCCGACGUAAAUAUGUCGAUCUGACUGAUUUAAAGCCAGCUGGCUAUAAUUGGCGCCAAUUCACAAAAUGGGUUGAUAUCCAUUUUGAUGAUUCAACCAUCAAAGAGCUUGGUCAUAUCACCAACACUGAUAUCCAGGUGUUAAGCAAGAAGAGGCUUCUCAUCUCAUGCAUCGACCGGAAUCCGGAAGCGGCAACUGGAAACAGGAUUGAUACGGCAAUACGUCUCCUUGUGACCUCAAGAGACUUCUCAAACAGAGUAUCAAGUUGGUUGGGUUACAGAGAAACUCCAGGAAUGUCGGAUGGAGCUUUUGUUGAAUAUACCGCAACUGAUGGGCUUAUAUGGCGUGACCGUCUUCGUCAGUGGACGAGAUGGACCACACCUAUUGCAAAGAAGGUUGAACAGGAUGAACCUGCGGAAUCGACACGGUCUUUGGAGACAACUUCCGAAGAUAAAGAAGACAAAGCUCUGAACCACAAACCCAAACCCGUCACCCAAAAGCAACAGGAGCCAACCGAGAUAGAAACAGAUGACUCCCAACACAAACCAAAAGGCUACGCUUAUUGGCAGGAUACCUAUCACACGGAGUCUUCUGCUCUUCUAGGAAGCAUUAUCCACAGCCAUUUAGAUCCCUCCAAACCCUUUGCCAAGGCUCUCCAAUCCAUGGGCGAAACCUCAGAUGUACGACGAGCAUUCUCAACCGCCGUCCCCAAUCUCUCAACAAUUCUCGGCUCCAAGCCCACACGAGCCAUCCGUCGCAAGCCUCUCGAAUCACUCAUCAUGCGCUUCCAACCAAACCCCUUCUUCAUCCCCAAGGAAUCCACCACACCAAUCGGCAUAGCAGCGUUGUCCGCCUUUCCCCCCAUCGAGAUGCGCUUCGCAACCAAUCAGGAGACCAAAGAAUUAGAGCUCAAAGACAUCCAAGCUGUUGUCUCCCUUGAGAAUUCCGAUAUCAUGCUCCCAGACUCCGCAGUCGACCUUCGAUUCCAGCAACGCUCUCUUUCCCGCUUCCGAGUACUCCACAACCGAUAUCCUCCCGGAAUCACCGAAUUCCUACACAAUUCAACCCUGAAUCUCAGCCAAGGAAAGUUAGAAACCCCUCCCAAACUCACGAUCCCCAUCGCGCGUCAUCUCUGUCAAGAACCGGGCCUCGAACUCCUGGGCAAGGAAGAAGCUGAAGGCGAUCUGCACGAUGUCGAAUACCUCUUCGCCGGCCUCGAGAUCCGCAAGACCAUGGUCCUAGAGUUCGAAGGCUGGCGGCUCCUCUACACCUCCAUCGAAGCCGGUAAAGCCGGCGGUCGCCGCGGCGAGCUCCGCCUACGCCCCAUCCGCACGAAACGAUUCGGACAGGACGAUACGGAAGCUGCUUUUAUAGACACAGCGUACCGGCUCGCCGACGCGCUGGCAACAGGCGAAGUAGAAAGCAACGUCGUGCGAAAAGUCCCGAGUCUGGUACCGAUCGCGCGCAUGGUAGGCUCGACGGUGGAUCGGAAAGCGAGUCGGAAGACGAAAGCCCCGCGGUACUUCUCGAAGAGGGUCGAUGUCAGGGAUCCAUCUAGGGAGGUGCAGGAUGGGAAGAUGAUGGAGGAGGAUGAUGAGGAACUUGCUGUCCUAGAGGAGGAAGAAGAGGAUCAUGCUAUGGAUGAAGAUAAAGAAGAAGCUUCUUCUUCUUGA